AUGUCCCCUUACCAAGACAAUUUACCCGCCUAUGACGAGGACGCUCCGCCUGACUAUUCCUGCGAGGACAUUGAGCUGGGCGCCAGCAAUGAGAAGUACGGACUGGAUAUAAAGAAACCGUUGCCCUCAGACGACUUUGAGGAGAGUUUCGCUGUGGAGCAGCCGAAAUGGACCGACUGGCCGUUUGCUGUGGUGUUCGGAGUGGUGCUAGUGCUGUUUGUGGGUCUCGUACUAUUCACCACUCAAGAUGUUGUCGUUAAUAUUGCACACGUCAACCCAGACCAGACCAGACUGAUCGGCCUGGUGCUUGCCACCGGCGUGAUUUGCACGUACGGCGGCAUUGUGGUGCUGCGGAAAUGGCCUACAGUGUUUAUCAAUGCGGGAUGUCUGCUUAACGUGGCUACCGCGUCUUCUCUGGCCGUUGGCGCCCUGUCCAACGACAAACUCUGGGCCGGCCUCGCGUUUAGCUUCCUGGCACUGCUCCAUAUUUUGUGGUACCUUGAGGUGCGUCGUCGCAUCCCGCUCAGCUCGCUGCUACUGAAACAGGUCAUCCAGGUGGCCCAGAAGAACCCCGUCACUUGGAAGAUAUCUGCCGCCGGUACGCUUGGUUCCGCCGUGUUCAGUCUGGCGACCGUUUUCGCAGUUUACGGAACGAUGGUGAAAUGGGGACUAGACGAGACCGGACAGCUGAAAAACAAGACCAUGUUUGUGGCAAUGGGCAUUUUUGUGCUGUUCACAGGCACCUUCAUCGCUGAAGUGCUCAAGAACGUGCUGCACUCGACGGUCGCCGGGGUCUAUGGCUCGUGGUAUUAUCUUUCGCACGCAGACAGAUGUCCAAAAAACGCCGGCUUUGCGGCCUUCAAGCGCAGCGUGACGUACUCGUUCGGCUCCAUCUGCUUUGGCUCGCUCAUUCUCUCUGUCAUUCAGACACUCAGCAACGUGGCCAACCUAGCCAAGCACUGGGCCGCCCAGGACGGAGGUUUGGCGGGCUACAUUGGGUUCUACAUCAUCGAGAUCUUCGCUUCUAUUAUGGAGGUUUUGGUGAGAUGGCUCAACGAGUACGCAUACUCGCUGGUGUCGCUCUAUGGGCUUGACUUCCUGCACGCUGCGCGCGGAGCAUUCGCGCUCGUUGAGCAAAAAGGUCUCACUGCGCCUAUCAACGACUGUCUUGUCAACACAGCGCUGGGUCUAUACUCGAUGUUUGUGGCGCAAAUGUGCGGUAUCGUGUCUGCACUCUUCCUCUUCACCACGCAGCCCGUUUGGGCCCAGAACACCGAGGGCGUGGUGGACCUCAAUAUGGGUGUUGUUUUGGUGGUGGUGUUUGCUGUCGCGUUCGGUUUCUUUGUUGCCAGUGUUGCCACCAGCGUUGUGCACAGCGGCACCGUCACGUUCUUUAUCAUGCUCGCCAAGGAUCCCGAGGUCUACAAGACGACGCACCCCGACGAGUUUGCCCGGGUUUUUGCAGUGUACCCUGACGUGGAGCGGAAGCUGCAAUUAGACGAUUUCUGA